AUGGCCACUCCCAAGCGGUUUCCAACACUUGUGCAACUGCACCAGCGAGAAGGGACGCUAUUCGAGGUGCUCGGUACCCCCACCAAAAUACCCUCCUGGUUCCACUAUGAGUUCCUGAAGAGUCCGAAGGCAGUUCACCUUGAGGCUUGGUUGGUGGAAGCAAUCUUCGGCCCGGGCGGAGAGCACAUUCUGGACAUCGAGUGUGUGUCCCACAUCCUUCUUCACGUGAAUCGCUGGGACCCGGAAGGAGAGGCUGAGAUCUUGAUAUUUGGGCGGCCUUAUUACCAGAAGGACACAGCCAAAUUAAUCAUGAACUUGGCUGACUAUCACCGCCAGCUCCGGGCGCAAGGUACUGACCGCUCAGAGGAGGUCCCUACUGAGGAAACCAAGACUCAGCAGUUUCCGAAGGCUGUCCGGGAGGUCGGGACCCAGCGGUCUCCUGAAGCUAACGGGGAGGCUGGGAUCCAGCGGUCUCCGGUCCAAGUCCGGGAGGCUGCGACCCAGUGGCCUCCGGUCGAGGUCCGGGAGGUCGGGACCCAGCAGUCUCUGGAGGCUGUGGGCGAGGCCGGGACUCAGAGGUCUUCCGAGGCUGCCUGGGACCCAGUUACCAGGUUAUAA